UUCGCGCACGGCUCUGCAACCCCAGAGGGGAGUGCGUAAUCCCUUCCUUUCCUUCUCGUCCUUUAACCUUUUUAUUUAUUUUUUUCUAUACGCAUACGUGCAUUCUGGUUAGUCCUAGCGGGGCGCGGUUGUUCGUUUUUUUUUCUAUAUGCGUUCGUUCCUUCUCCGUUCCAUGCAGUAUGUUCACUUCUUUUUUUUUUUGCACGUUCCAUUCUCUCUCUUUUCUGCCGUAUUCCAGAUUUAUCUGUUGUAUUUUGGCCACGUGUUUUAUUCGGAUCUUGCGUCAAUGUCGUUCUCGUCUAUUACCCAUCGCUAUUUUUGCAUUAGCUGCCCAUGAUUAAUAUUUUUUUUGCGCGUCACAAGAAGAGGCCUCAUCGAAAAAUCACCCAUCGCCCAUUUUAUACAUCUAUUUUUUUUUUAUAGAAUAAUUUAGAUAGUAUACCACGAUGGUACAGAGCGAGCACAACGUUUCGGAGUCCGAGGACUCCCCGCCGAUGAUGGAACACAAGAAUCUUGCCAAAGGCGUCGACGAAGGCAACUACAAACUUAUUGGAUGGGCGGCCGACACCACCGGUCGUCGUUUGAUCGACGAGAUUUGUCAGAUAGCUGCAUACACUUCAGACAAUCAAUUUUCGCAAUACAUUAUGCCUUUCAGUGAUAUCCGCCUACUCUACAGACGCCGCCACAGCAUCCGUGUGAUGAACAUGGGUAAGUAUAGGAUGCUCAAGGAUAUGCGCACGAAUAAAUUCGUGAAGACCAAGAGCGAGAUAUCCGCCCUCACCGACUUCGUCCAGUGGCUUGAGAACAAUCGCGGUGACGCCAAGGAUGGAAUCAUCCUUAUUUUCCACGAGUUCCACAAGUCCACACCCGCAAUGCUGUUGGAGUCCUUGCGUAGGCACAACCUCUCGGAGAGAUUCGCCGCCGUCGUUAAAGGAUUCGCAAACAGCUUCAGCCUGUCGCAGGCCAAAUGCGCAAACACGACAAAGUCCUUCAGUCUGCGCGUGAUGUCCAAGGUCCUUUUGAACAGGGAUGAUGACCUGAGUUCAGCAGUGAUUCGCGCUCAGACUUGCUUCGACAUUGUGAUGCACUUGGGCCAAAGUGAGAGACCCGAUUUGGAGUCGCAAGGGAGCGGCGACGCCAACAUCAGCAACGAAUUGUUAAUUAAGAUGAUCGCGCCCUUCACGAAUCCCGUCACCGCCGAGGAGGACGAAAUCAAAGAGUUCAAAGUUCUCCUGGAUCGUCAGAACACAUUCAAACCAGUGUUUGGAGCCCUACUCAAAGCCACUCCCACUGAGAGGCAACACGCUAGUCACCUGCGCCGUCUUCUUGCGGAGAACAACAUAGAUUACGAGAAAGUCAAAGUGGCCUUCGAGAGCAGCGCGAAGGACGGUUUGGAGGCUGUGCUUAAAGCUGAGAUUUUGAAUGCGAAGGAGGAAGAUAUGAACGAGCUGUUGGAGAUUUUGGACUGCUUCUUCGAUCCCGAAAAGAAAGCUGUACAGCCGAAACCCAGAUUCUAUCAGAACAACGGAAGGUUCAGGAAGAAGAGCGAGAGUAGGAGCGAUAAACCCAUGAACAAGAACAAUAAUAAUAAUGUGAAAGAGGAGAGCAUCGAAGUCAAGGCGGAGGUGGAGGAUGAGGUUGUUACGGUAAAGAUCGAAGGUGAAGCUCCGAUCCCACAACCGGCCGCCGCGGCCCUUCCGAUAAUCGCAUAAAUUCGAUAUGUGAUCUCUAGUGCCUUGCAUUUAAAUUUAAACCAAUUGUAAAAUUGACUUUUCCUUUAUAUCAUUUAUUAUUAUUUCC